AUGCAUUUGUUCUUCCACAUAGUCAUCUUGCAGCUGCACGCUGAGGUUACCGCCGGCAACCCUCUAAAUAUGUCAGGGUGUUUCACUAAUAACUUUAUCUAUAAAAGCCUGCAGGUGGAAAUCAGAGUAUUAACUCAGCUGCCUGCUGUCCCUGCAGCUGCCGUCGAGGCCUGCCUGGGUCACCUGCUGAAGAGACGAGCUGCUGGGUUUCUCCGCAGCGACAAGAUCGCAGCCCUCUUCACCAAGGUCGGCAAAGUCUGCGACACCGCCGGCGAGGUUUGCCGUAAAGUGCAGGAGCAGCUCCAGCAGCAGGCUGAUCUUACCAGGAGAACCCAGAGCGUGGGCCACGAACCCCUGAGGAGACAAGGCUCUUCCACCACCAGCCGGCCCCCUCAGCCCCUCUCCGCCCAGGCCAUCAAACACAUCUGGGUCCGCACGGCUCUCUUCGAGAAAGUUCUGGACAAGAUUGUGCAGUACAUUGUGGACAACUGCAGUAAAUACUAUGAGAGGGAAGCUCUGAUGCAUGACUCAGUCUUUGGGCCCAUCUUGGCAGCCCUACUAGUGGGGCCGUGUGCUCUGGAGUACACGAAGCUGAAGACUUCGGAUCAUUUCUGGACAGACCCCUCAGCCAAUGAGCUGGUUCAGCGCCAUCGUAUUCACGGGGCCCACCGCGGCCAGGACGUCUUAGCCGGCCACCGGCCUGCUCUGGGGAUCCGCAAAAGGCAGUCGAGCGGCAGCAUGUCAGAGGACAGGUUUGCUGCAUCAGCGAGGGAGUAUGUGGAGUCUCUUCACCAAAACUCCAGAACGCACCUGCUCUAUGGCAAAAAUAAUGUCCUUGUGCAACCGAAGAAGGACAUGGAGGUUUUACGGGGUUACUUGUCUCUCCAUCAAGCGGGGGAUAAUCUCACGCUGAAGUGGACACCCAAUCAGCUCAUCAAUGGCACACUGGGAGACUGCGACCUGGAGAAGAGUAUCUACUGGGAUUACGCACUCACUGUUCCUCUGCGCCAGAUAGUAUGCAUCCACUGUCACCAACGCUCUGACUGUGGGGGGACACUGGUUCUGGUCAGUCAGGAUGGGAUCCAGCGGCCACCCCUGCACUUUCCCCCUGGUGGUCACCUGCUGGCCUUUCUCUCCUGUCUAGAAACGGGCCUGUUACCGGGCCAGUUGGAGCCGCCUCUCUGGUCCCAAAAAGGAAAGGGUAAAGUAUUCCCUAAACUGAGGAAGAGGAGUAGUGCCGCCAGGCUUAUCGACCAGGAAGCCAACGGCGAGGAGCAGUCGGCCGCCGACUACGUGUUUCGCAUCGUCUACCCUGGAUAUCGAUACGAAGCCAUCACUAUAAACUACCACCACACCACGGGCAGCCGCGCGCCAUCGCUGGAUGAUGACGAGGAAGAGGAAGAUAGGCUCCAUGCUAUGAUCUCAAUGAUCUGCUCGCGGAACCUCACAGACCCUAAUGUCAUGAAAGACCACGGGGACAUGAUGGACACGCAGGGCUUUGGAGGCAGCCCGUCGUCAUGGCAACAGGCUGAAGUCACCACUCACGAGUCCCUGUGCCAGUCCUGCUCCACCGCUGGCAGCAACCUGUCCUUUGACUACGCGUCUGGCUGUACCUGCAUACACGACCCGUCAGAUAUUCACACUAUUCCUCUGAAGAUGCUCUGCCAGAACAUGAAGCGGCAGAUAGUCUCCAGAGCCUUCUAUGGAUGGCUGGCAUACUGUCGACACCUGUCCACAGUGCGGACUCACCUGUCAGCUCUGGUCAACCACAACAUCGUCCCCCAGACAGACCCUGCGAGGCAUCCGGGGGCCUCAGCAAAGAGGUGUGGAGCAAGUACCAGAAGACUGCAAG